CAGCGCACGGUGCUCAUUUCGGCGACUCCCCAUGCCCUUCUUCUCUUCUGAUCUCUUUUUUCUCGUCUUCCUCGUCGACACGUUUUUCGCCCGCCCGCGCCCUGGCCGUGCCGCCAUGUCCUCUUUCCCCUCCUGUCAGCCAUGGUGAUUGUUGCGCAAAACCCACACCGCUUACCCUCGUCGCCGAACAAGGGGACACGCGCCCAGGGCAGCAUCAAACGGCCAAGUGGAACAAUCGGGCGGGUGGCCUUCCACAAUGGCUCCAUGGACAGCGGCGUCGUCUCCAAGUCGGACAUUAGGUGUAGACUGGCCUUGAUCGCUUGCGCCAUGUGUUUCGCAGGCACCCAGGCAUGCCUGCAUCAAUUUGUCCCUCCACCGCUCUCAGACAAUGCAGGCGCCGUGUGGGACCCUGUCGAUCAAACCGCAGCCUCCUGAACAUGCCGUUCAUGUGCCUCGCCCAAAGCGGAAACGCCCCAAUUGUCCCUCUUUGUCCUGGUCCCUCGAUUGCCACCCGUCCCCUUUUUUUUUCUUUCUUGCCUGGGUGCCUGCUCGCCACCGCACCACCGCCCAUGGGAAACCCUGAAACAUGCGCCAGUGGUGCCU